AUGACGACCCUCGUGCAGACUCGCCAGCCGCUGCAAGUACUGAGCAUGAGCAAUCAGCCCAAGCGGCGCCGAAGCGAGCGCCUCGCUGGUGCGUCCACCUCAUCCCAUUCAACGACCGCGGGGCUGUUAUCAUACGAUGAGCAGGAUGGCGACUUCCACUUCACACGAGGGUCGAAGCGGAUGAAGACUGCGCAACCGGAGCCGAUAUCAGAAGAUGAUCCGGCACCCGCGCCUGCUCCAGUGCCGAAGAAGAGCAGCAAGGCGAAAACAAAACAGAGCAAAGUCCGCGAAGCAUCAGUAGAAGUGCCUCCAGUGCCACCCGCGCCGCCCAAACGGACUUCCAAACGGAAAUCGAGCCAGGCAAUACAGUCGGAUGAAGCACCACCGCCAGUGCCAGCAGCGGCGCCGCAACGCACCACGCGUCGGAGCACGCGCUCUUCGAUGGAAAAGGCGGGAAAGGAGCAGCGAAAAGCUGCGAAUGGCGCAUCAAGAUCAAGAAAGGAGGGCACACCCAAAGGGCCCUCCCCUGACCAAGCAGGCCAAGCGACACCUCCACCAAUGUACGUAGACCAGACCGAGACCGUGGCAGACGAUGCAAGCAACUCCAAGAAGAUUGCGUUGCCCUUCAGCGACACACCCAUCAUCAACCGCAACAAGGAGAUGCGGCGCAAGACGGGCGGCAGACGGAGUAGUCUGGGUAUGCGCGGACGAAGGGCAAGCUCGCUGAUCGACAAUGGGCAUAGUGCCAUUCCGCACCGCGAAGUCGAUUCGAGCGAAUUCUACAAACAUAUCGAGGCCGAGGGACCGAGCGAACCGCGACGAAUGAAACAGCUACUGACCUGGUGUGGUGAGCGUGCCUUGAGUGAGAAGCCGCCGCUGGGGAGCCUGAAUUCUAAUGCCGUUCUUGGUGCCCGAGCGAUUCAAGAUCAGUUACUCAAGGACUUUCAAUCAAAAUCUGAAUUCUCAGAUUGGUUUUCGCGAGAAGAUGUCCCCCGCCCACCAGCCAUCGAAAAGCCAAAUCCGAGAAAUAUGGAACACGAGGCAAGAAUAGCAGAGUUGGAGGACAGGAUAAAACGGUUAAAAGUCGAAAAGAAGGCUUGGCUAUCCCUUAAACAACCGCCUCCUGAACUGCCGCCUCUCUUCGCAGUAUCAGAAAAGUCCUUACAAAACCAGAAGUUACCAGACCCGUCACUCCUCGAUUCAGAAGAGGCUCAAAUGCUAGCUUCGCUCACAGCGCCGACUACCAGCUUUUCUAGUCUCAGAUUGCAGACACAAUCGCGAAUGCAGGCACUCCAGGGAUCAUUGGAGUUUAAAGUGGAUCAUCUGGCAGACAGCGUGCAUAAGCUGGAGCAACGUGUUAAUACCGCAAAUAAGGAAGCCGACAGGGUGCUGGAAUCGAGCGCAGCGCGAUUAAGAGAGCGCGAGGAGAGGGAGAAGAAGGCGGCGGGCACCAAGGAUAUGCCCGUCAUGGAGGUGUUGAGGAGUUUAGGCAGGAUACUGCCAGAAGGCGGUGGAUGA